AUGGGAGUAUGUGGCGCAUGGUAUCUGUCAGAAUGUACUGAGAUCACUUGCUGUGAAUCAUAUCGGUUUCGGCUCUACAUUUUACUGUUCAGCAUUCUCUGUGUCUUAGCAGCUUUAUUGGUCGGUGCCACAUGGUUGCUGCUGGAAUUCCGCCCCGCAUACAGGAACAGGAUCCGUCGUACUGACUCAGAGCAAGCCCGAAUUGAGAUGAAGUCUUUUGAAGAGACGAAAUAUCUGCGACGUUAUUCCGAACUGAAGUGA